AGUGUUUUGGAGUCAGUAUCUACCCAUGCAUACAAACGCUGUAAAAAUCCAUUGCAAAGUUACCGCAUCCAAAAUCUCAAGUCUGUGGUGGUGGGUAUCCGGGACUUUUUAUAAACGAAUGGCCAUCCUAAGUUUAUGAUCUGUCGCGGUAGAUCUUUAUUCCUCUAUCCUUCGGUGUGAUGAUAUUGCCCGCUCGCUGACUGCGGCAGUUGCGCAAGUAAGCCAGUAGGGCGCGCUGUUGUCCCAUCAGGUGGUCUCGGUUGAAUGAGGGAUCCUUGUUUGUUUCUCCGCUGCAUUCGUCCAGGAAGUGAUUUUAAACAGCCACCCGAUCCCACGGAUUAUAUUUCAGGUGAUCCCGUGUCAAAACAUGAAUAGGAAAGCGACAGCAGCGUUAUAUAAAACAAGGCAAACCGGGCUGACAAAUGCACUACACGAUCGACAGCAAACUGAACAACUACUGAACAAAACCUCGAGUCCUCCGCCGGUGUUGAGGCAGAAUUACACACAGUAAAUUACUUACAGCACGUUUAGAGUUGCAUGUGUUUGCAAAACGUCUCAGUUUGCAACUUAAACUAAAGGCUUAAGCCAACCAGUGUGCCAGUGUGCGCGGUAGGCACUGCAGAAGGUGAUGCCCGCCGCAGUGUUUCACCCUCACUGCAGUGUCGCGGAAGAGGGACUCGGCAUGAAGGAGUUUUGGCUCUACGUUUGGCUACGGAAAGUGGGUAUUGUCGCUGCCCAUAUUAUAUCUUUGGGAUUGACCAUAUUCAUAACGCUACUGUCCCGACCUGGAACAAGUCUCUUCUCCUGGCAUCCCGUGUGCAUGUCCAUUGGAUUCAGCCUCUGCAUGACAGAAGGUGUGCUGCUCUUCUCCAGCGAGGGAUCCCCGUUCUGUUUCCAGUCUCGGAAAGGCAAGGUCCAGUUGCACUGGGUUCUGCAGGCCCUGGUGGCGAUCGCUGGAGGGACCGGGCUGGGUUUCAUCGUGGCCAGCAAGAACGUGUCCGAGCGGCCUCACCUGACCUCCUGGCACAGCCUCCUGGGUGUGGCCACGUUGGUGGCCGUGGGCUGCCAGGUGCUGUGUGGCGUCUGCCUGCUCUUCCCCAAGAGGGUGUCUUCCGUGGCCCGGCUCCGGCUGUACCACGCCACCUGCGGGCUGGUCACCUACCUGCUGGCCACGGGCACGCUCGUCCUGGCCAUGUGCUCAGACUGGUUCCAGGGCACUAUCAAAGGGGCGCUGUGGUAUGUGUGUGUGCUGCUGCUGCUGUGCCCAGCGCUGGUGGUGAUGAACCAGAUCACAAACGCCUACUUGCCUACUUACCAAAGGAGGAGGUCCAGAUAUGAGUCUGACCACAUAUAGAAUGUGCCUUUGUACUGUCCCUAAACGCGUUGCACUGUGUGUGUGUGUGUGUGUGUGUGUGUGUGUGUGUGUGUGGGGGGGGGGGUUAUUUAUUGAACCGAAACUGCUGAUGCUGCAGACGGACCCCUCCUAAUAUUUCUCCAGCAGGUUGAAGUGAAUUGAAAGCAGGGACUCUUUUCAGAGCAGGUUCCUCCUUCCGCAGGCUGCGUUCUGCCUGGAUUCAGAGAAGCUGAGGGUGUCACACCCGCUGUGUCACUGUCUCGGGUGUGGCCGGUGGAUUCAAGUUCAUUCAGUUGAGAGAGUGUGAUCUGGCUAUCGGACUCAUCUGGCACCCGAAUACAAGGCGUGGAUAUAGACGUCAGUAAAGCACUGCUCCUUCACGAUUGUGAAUACUCCCUGAAGAUCACAGAGAGUGUGUUUGAAACCAAAUAAAAAGCAGGUGGUGAUUGUUGCUCUAGGCAGUGUCAGGCUGUACCCAGUUAAGAAACAAUGAAAACUUGUUUUUCUAGAACAUGAUGGAGGAUACCAAGCUAUUUUAAAACCAGAGCUUUGUUAAAAGCAAUGCAUGGUAUUUUACAACAAAGAACCAAAAUAAGGAGUGACUAUCUUGUCACUGUACACAGGGUUUGUUUUUGUGUCUUGUUUUGAUCUUGUCGUGUGUGUUGUUUUGAUCUUGUCGUGUGUGUUGUUUUGAUCUUGUCGUGUGUUUUAUUUGUGUUUUGUGCUUGUGUCUCCUUACUGACUGUACGUUGCUCAUCAUCAUUUUCAGUCUUUCUGGCAGGUCUAUUUGCUUUACUGUUCAGAAAACAAAAGCAUUCAAGAACUACUGUUAGUAAAAAAAAAACAAAAAAAAAACCAUUUUUUUUACGUAACAAUCCUCGUGUGUUCUAUGCACUAGAUGACGUCUGUAUACAAGGUAAGAUACACUGGAACCCUUAACGGUGAUUGGUGGAUUUGUGAUGCUUGUAACAGUGUGAGCAGCGUAGAAAUACAAAGAGAUUUAUAACUAAAGCAAAAUGAAUCAAACCAAACAGGGCUGUAUCCAGGUAGCUCAAAGCUGCCUCUGGGAUUCCAAUAGCGGUGACAUCACCCCGCCGUUCUCUAUUGUAAAGUGAAUGCAGUGCGGGCGGAAUAUCCAGCGCUUCAAGAGUAAGUAGCUACGUUUCAAAACCUUUUUUUAAAUGUCCUCUUACUGUUUGUGGAGUUUCCCAUCAUGGCUUUUAUUCCAAUUACUCAGGCAGUGUUUUUAAUUCUGUUUUAUAUCCUCGAAGGUGCAGGUUCAGGCUUGCUUUUUAUAAAUCUGUAAUGGACUCAUCCGAUCCUCUAUCCCAUUCAGCUCCAGUUUGUUCUAUAAGGUCCCGUUAUACUUGACUGUUAAGAAUAGUGGGAUUGCGUUAAUACCUCCAAAUGGCAGCCCCUCUAUAGCGUGGUGCAUCUGUGGAAUAGAGGUAUGGUAUGUAACAGGGCUGCAGUACAGUACUGUAAACACGGUGGGAAAAUCCGCAGUACACUGAAGUGACUGGCGCUGGACUGAGCGCUGGACAGGAAUCAGGUGCUGGAAGUCAGUGAAACACGUGCAGAAACAGCUGCUUGGGUUUGUGAUGGUCGCUCUGGAGAUCCAGUCAGACCCAGGCAGCUGUUUCUUCAGUUGUUUCACUCUGAAUGGUGAAUCAGCCCGGUCGACACCAGCGAGACUCGCCUGCGGAGAGCUUGGUUUGGAAUGAGCCGGGGUAUGUAUUUUCUGGAAAACCUUUCCGACGUUGUAUUCAAUUGAGUUGUAAAUGACGUCACCUGAGACGAGGCGGCGUUCUUGUUUUUGCUGCUGAGUUGAUGGUUCACGUGUGACGUGUUGAUGGCUGUCGUCACGUGUGACGUGUUGAUGGCUGUCGUCACGUGUGUUCUGUGUCGGUUUGGAGCUUGCUUUGUCCAGUUUGAACACGUGUUUAUGUUGUCAUCUGUCGCAGUGCAAGUCAGACUGUACAUCGGAUGUGCUGUAUUGUAUAUAAUAAAAAG